UUCAGCUACGCUUCUCUUUUUUGACCUAUAAAAUUCUUAUACAAAUCAAAACACAAUUGACAACUUAUUCAGCUUAGAUUACUUAUUUUUCUUUAUUCAAACAAGAUCAUUUGAAAAGUAGAUCACAAGCACUAUAAAUAGUCGAAAUUUGUGCAAGCACUGCAAAGCAAACAAAUAGGCAAACACAGAAUCCAAGAUGGUUUCUGUAGGAGAAGCUAAUCAGCCUCAUGCUGUUUGUAUCCCGGUUCCGGCACAAGGUCACAUAAAGGCCAUGCUUCAAUUAUCAAAACUUCUCCACCAUAAAGGUUUUCGUAUAACCUAUGUCAACACCGAGUUCAAUCACAGGCGCUUUCUUAAAUCUCUAGGACCCGACUCCCUUGACGGCUUGCCUGGUGAUUUUCAGUUUGAAACAAUCCCAGAUGGCCUUCCGGAUAGAGAUGACGAUUCCACCCAAGACUUCAAUUUGCUUGCAGAUUCCGUCAAAAACAAUUUCUUGGCACCUUUUCUUGACCUCAUAAAGAAACUCAACCGUACUACUCCUCCAGUUACUCUCAUUGUUUCAGAUGGUUUCAUGGCUUUCACAACCACUGCAGCUCAACAACUUGGCAUUCCCAUUACACUCUUCUUUACAUUUUCAGCAAGCAGCUCUAUGGGCUAUAUGAAAUAUCCUGCUUUGGUGGAAAGAGGACUUGCACCGCUUAAAGAUGAGAGCAGUUUCACGAAUGGCUUUUUAGACCAGAUAAUAGAUUGGAUUCCAGGAAUGAAGCAUAUCCGUUUGAGGGAUCUCCCCAACGACUUUGUGACAACAAAUCCCGAUGACAAAAUUUUUAACAACAUCCUUGAAGUAAUGAGUAGAGUUCAUGAAGCUUCAGCAAUUAUUGUACAUACCUUUGAUGCACUGGAGCAAGAUGUUUUGGAUGGCCUCUCAAGUAUGUAUCCACCCAUUUACGCCAUUGGCCCUCUCCCGUUACUUCUCAAUCAGAUGCCACAACAUCCUUUGAAGUCCUUGGGAUACAGUCUGUGGAGAGAAGAAGCUGAGUGUCUCCCCUGGCUGGACGAUAAGAAGCCAAACUCGGUUGUUUAUGUGAAUUUCGGCAGCAUAACGGUCAUGACACCGGAACAACUUGUGGAGUUUGGCUGGGGACUUGCAAGGAGCAAGCUUACUUUCUUCUGGGUAAUUAGGCCUGACUUGGUAAUUGGUAAAUCAGCAAUUUUUCCAUCUGAGUUUGUGGAUGAAACUAAAGGAAGAAGUCUAAUAGCGAGUUGGUGCCCUCAAGAGCAAGUCCUUAACCACCCAUCAGUUGGAGGAUUUUUGACACACAGCGGUUGGAAUUCGACAAUGGAAAGUGUGUCUGCAGGAGUGCCCAUGUUGUGUUGGCCUUUCUUUGCUGAUCAGCAAACAAACUGUCACUGUACUUGCAAAGAAUGGGGCAUUGGUACGGAGAUUGAUAAAAAUGUGAAGAGAGAUGAAGUGGAGAAGCUUGUUAGAGAGCUGAUGCAAGGAGAGAAGGGUAAGAGAAUGAAGCAUGAGGCCAUGGAGUGGAAGAAAUUGGCAGAGGAAGCCAAUGGUCCACACGGUUCUUCAUCUGCAAACUUGGAAAAAUUAGUGAAUCAAUUUCAAUUGUAAGAAAAGUCUAGAUGUUCUGCACAAGAACAACCAAGAAACAUGCACUGCAUUCCUAGAUGUUAUUGGUUCGAUGAAUUGGCAACAUGUUUAGCCUGCCACCAUCUUCAAUUUUGUCUAGAUAUUAAUUUCGGGUUGAACAUUUUAAUGUUAUACAUUAUUUGCUA